AUGCCUCCAACCACCUCGGCGCUGAUGCGCCUCUCCCGCGCAGCGCGGCAGACGAGCUCACCAGCCAGCAUCUGCAAGACUCUCCCGUCAUGUAGACAACAAAUCGCUCCCCUGGCGCAAAAUCGCGCCUUCGCUAAUAUCCCUCUCCGAUCACGAACCCGAACGCCCCUCGCGAAUGCCUUCUUCAACGCCCACGGUCUGCCAAAAGGCCACCUCAUCCGCUCUGCCUCAAGCGCAAUACCACCACCAAAACCAAAAUCCCGAUUGCUCUAUCUAGCCUACCGCGGCGCAACAUGGCUCGGCGGCAGCAUCAUCUUCGUCGGACUUGGCAUCGUGGGUUUCUUCAUCUACGACGCCUCAACUUACAAGGAACACCCGGAUAUCAACGAAAUUCACGUCUCAGAGCUCGCCCUCGAUCCCAGACGGGGCGGGCCAAAGAACCUCCCGAUUGCUGAAGUAUUGAUCGACGACCUGGACACCGAGGGCAUGAAGAGCACAAAGGACAAGCCGAAGCUGGUUAUUCUCGGCGGCGGCUGGGGCGGCGUCGCGCUACUGAAAGAGCUGAAUCCAGACGACUACCACGUCACCGUCAUCUCGCCCACGAACUACUUCCUGUUUACGCCCAUGCUGCCGUCUGCCACUGUUGGAACUCUGGAACUGCGAUCUCUUGUCGAGCCCGUCCGCCGGAUCCUCGCCCGCGUCAAUGGUCACUUCAUCCGCGCAAGAGCCGAGGACGUGGAGUUCUCGCACAAGCUCAUUGAAUGCUCCGACACGGACGCUGCUGGUAAUGAGAGGCACUUCUACGUUCCCUAUGACAAGUUGGUUAUCGCGGUCGGAUCUACUACGAACCCCCACGGCGUCAAGGGACUCGAGAACGCGCACUUCCUGAAAGACAUCAGCGAUGCUCGCAAGGUUCGGAACCAGGUCAUGCUCAACCUUGAACAAGCCUGCCUUCCCACGACCUCGGACAACGAACGCAAGCGCCUGCUCUCCUUCGUCGUCAGCGGAGGUGGUCCAACCGGUGUCGAGUUCGCAGCAGAGUUGUUCGACAUGCUCAACGAGGACUUGACGCAGCACUUCCCAAAGCUUCUUCGCAAUGAGAUUUCCGUCCACCUGAUUCAGAGCCGUAGCCACAUCCUCAACACCUACGACGAGACAGUUUCCAAGUAUGCCGAGGAUCACUUCGCCCGCGACCAGGUCGACGUCCUCACCAAUUCCCGCGUCAAGGAAGUCCUGCCAGACAAGAUCAUCUUCACACAGAAACAGCCCGACGGCACACUCGUCACCAAAGAACUGCCCAUGGGCUUUUGCCUCUGGUCCACCGGCGUCGCCCAGACCGACCUCUGCAAGGCCCUCUCCGCCAAGCUCGGCCCCUCUCAAACCAACCGUCACGCUCUCGAAACCGACACUCAUCUCCGCCUGAACGGCACGCCUCUUGGUGACGUCUACGCCAUCGGCGACUGCUCGACCGUCCAGAACAACGUCGCUGACCACAUCAUCACCUUCCUCCGCUCCCUCGCCUUCAGACGCGGCAAGGACCCCGAGACCCUCGAGCUCCACUUCAGCGACUGGCGAGAUGUCGCCAAUGACGUCCGCAAGCGAUUCCCCCAGGCCGUCGGACAUCUGAAGCGCCUCGACAAGCUGUUCGAGCAGUUCGACAAGGACCAGUCCGGCACCCUCGACUUCGGCGAGCUUAGAGAGCUCCUGAAGCAGAUCGAUUCGAAACUCACCUCCCUCCCCGCCACGGCGCAACGCGCCCACCAGCAGGGCCAGUACCUCGCUCACAAGUUCAACAAGAUGGCGCGCACCUCUGAUAGUCUCAAGGCGAACCAGGUCUUGGACGGCGACAUCGAUGCCAUGGUGUACAAGGCGUUCGAGUACCGCCACCUGGGAAGCCUGGCGUACAUUGGCAACUCGGCCGUCUUCGACUGGGGCCAGGGCUGGAACUUCGCCGGCGGUCUGUGGGCGGUAUACAUGUGGCGAUCUGUGUACUUUGCGCAGAGCGUCAGCCUGAGGACGCGGAUUCUUUUGGCGAUGGACUGGGCCAAGCGUGGUCUCUUCGGAAGAGCAUACCCUGGGGAGUACGAAGGGCAUAAAAGGCAUCCAUAG